AUGGGAGACACUGCAGGGAAAAGAACGCCAUUAAUGAAUCUUAAGGUUCAACUGGCGAUGAGAGUGCUAACCAUCGGCGCAGCACUGGCCUCCAUGGCGCUCAUGAUCACUAACCGCGAAGUCGCCUCUGUUUAUGGCAUUGCUUUUGAGGCUAAAUACAGCGACUCAUCUGCUUUUAGGUACUUGGUGGACGCAUAUAUAGCUAUCGCCGCCGUGACAGUGUUUACGCUCGCAUGGGCUUGUUUGGCUGUCCGUAGUGGAGGACUUAUUUUUGCACUCUUCUUCGUUGAUUUGCUUACAACGUUGACGGCGAUAUCGGCAUUCUCUGCGUCCAUGUCUGAGGGUUUCAUAGGAAAGUAUGGCAAUACACACGCCGGUUGGCUUCCGAUAUGCGGUUAUGUCCAUAACUAUUGUAACCGUGUUACUCUCUCACUCGCUUUGUCCUUCGUCUGUUUUCUCCUCUUGUUCGUCCUUACAAUCUUGACUGCCUCGGCUGCUCGUCGUUCCUGA